AUGUCCAAAAACCAGCCCAGCCAAGAAACCCUCCGCGGGCUCUUCUACAGCCCCCUGGCCUCUAGGCCCGCCGACGACGCUACGGGCCAGUCGGCCCACUCGCAGGAACCCGCCCUUCCCCGCAAGCGCAUGGGCACUUCGUUCGAUUACUAUUCCAUCAUCGACGACGCCAAAAAGGAGGCCAAGAAGCUUGGUGAGGAAGCUGCCCAUGAGCUUGAAAAGGCCAGCGCGAAGGCCCAGAGUGCCACGGGCACCAUUGCGCUUUAUUCGCCCAAGUAUUACGCUGCCUGUACCUUUGGCGGUACGCUGGCCUGUGGCCUCACCCACACGGCCGUGACGCCACUUGAUCUCGUCAAGGUGCGCCGCCAGGUCGAUCCCGGACUCUACAAGAGCAACAUCCAGGGCUGGUCCAUGAUCUACCGAAAAGAAGGCCUUCGCGGCAUCUUCACCGGCUGGGGCCCGACCUUCUUCGGCUACUCGGCCCAGGGCGCCUUCAAGUACGGCUGGUAUGAAUUCUUCAAGAAGACCUACUCCGACCUAGCCGGUCCUGAGGCCGCCUACAAGCACAAGACCUGGCUGUACCUCUCCGCCUCGGCCUCUGCCGAAUUCCUCGCCGACAUUGCCCUGUGCCCCUUCGAGGCCGUCAAGGUCCGCAUGCAGGGUGCCCUGCAGAACCCUUACAGGGGCACUUUCCACGGCAUCAGCAGCGUCUUGGCCAAGGAGGGCUCUGCCGGUCUGUACAAGGGCUUGUAUCCCCUUUGGGGCCGUCAGAUCCCUUACACCAUGAUGAAGUUUGCUUCGUUUGAGACCAUUGUUGAGAUGAUUUACGACCGACUCCCCGGACAGAAGAACGACUACGGCAAGGCUGCGCAGACGGGUGUUUCCUUCACGGCUGGUUAUCUCGCUGGUAUUCUUUGCGCCAUCGUCUCGCACCCGGCUGACGUGAUGGUGAGCAAGCUCAAUGCCAACCGCGAACCUGGAGAGGCGUUCGGCGCCGCUAUGGGUAGGAUAUACAAGGAUAUCGGAUUCAUGGGUCUCUGGAACGGUUUGCCUGUGAGGAUUGUCAUGAUUGGUACUCUGACGGGUCUGCAGUGGAUGAUUUAUGAUUACUUCAAGAUCUUCAUGGGCCUCCCGACGACCGGUGGACCGGCGAAGACAGCGCAGGUGGAGGAGGCCAAGCUCAAAUAG